GCUGCUGCUGCUGCUGCUCCAGACUCUCCAGACUGUGUGGCUUUAAAAAGUUGCCUGGAGAACAUGGGCAUCUGACGUGCGCCUCACAGCGUCAUUGGACACACUGAGCCCCCCUCUCUUUUUCUCUUCAUCACAUCUUGGGCUGACUAAUCCCCUGCGCUCUGGGUUUGGAGUAAGCACGAGUGUUCAGCAGUUGUCACUCGCCCUGACGCAGGCUGCAUCCAGAGGGCUCCAUGCAGGAGGGGGACGCCGUCGCACCGCAGAAGACACCGCCUGUUGUGUUGCGCAUUCGCGGCUGAAGCUCUCCGGUUUGCGCAUUCGAGAGCGAAACCUCGGAUUCCCUCAGAGCGUCCACGCUCCCGCAUCACGCCUUGUUUUUGUGACUUCACGUUUUUUUUUUCCGAGAGGGGUGUCAGCAGCCUCAGUGUCCCCCCUCCACCCCUUCUCCACCCCCCCUCUCCUCGCGUUUUCUCUGGGGCGCGCAUCAGUGUUUUCUCGGUGUCGUCAGAAACUUGCGGCCACAUGUGAGCGAAACUCCUCACCUGUCCCGGUUGAAGCGCCCGAACAAGUUGACUCAUAACCACACGGAAGGGGGAAGGACGCGCCCGAAGUUUGGCUGUAGUGAUGCUGCAAGUGGAAAUGGUCCUCUUCAUCUGCCUGGUGGUGUUGAUGUGUGUAUUUAGCCAAGAGCCCGGCUCCAAGGUGGUGGCCGACCGCUUCGCCGUCUUCUGGAACCGGACCAACACCAAGUUCCAUCGUGGAGACUACCACAUCGACGUCUGCAUAAACGACUACCUAGAUGUCUACUGUCCUCAUUACGAAGACUCGGUGCCUGAGGAGCGGACGGAGCGCUACGUCCUCUACAUGGUCAACUAUGAUGGUUACAGCACAUGCGACCACACCGCCAAGGGCUUCAAGCGCUGGGAGUGCAACAGGCCGCAUUCCCCAAACGGACCUCUCAAGUUCUCUGAGAAGUUCCAGCUCUUCACCCCCUUCUCCUUGGGCUUUGAGUUUAGACCGGGCAGAGAAUACUACUACAUCUCCUCCACCAUUGCUCAGAACGGGAAGAAAACAUGCCUGAAGCUGAAAGUUUUCGUCCGACCAUCAGACAGCUGUAUGAAAACUAUAGGCGUACAUGACCGCGUUUUUGAUGUAAACGACAAAGUAGACAAUACAUUAGAGCCACGAGAUGACACCAGCCACGAAAAUGCUGCACCCUCCCGAAGUGAAACAAAUGCUGCGUCACACCCCCAUAAAACAAGCCCGCUUCUAGCUUCAUUGCUGGUCAGCUUAGCGGCACUCUUCACUUUAUAGCACUCCCCCUCUGCGCUGGAGGUCAUUUACACCUAGAGUGGCCUGAAUCUGCCCUAGGCUGCAGGGUCGGGAGGGGAUUUGGGAAGAUCGGGUUUGUUUGAUCGGGCACAAGAGCAGGCUUCUCAAGGAACCCUCUAUUUUUUUCAGAAGAAUAUUUAAGUGGUCUUUCUCCUUCUGCGAGUGAAAAAUAGUUGAUGUUGAAAGUGGGAGAGACAGUUUCCCCUCUAGAAACCUUCAACUAAGAUGCCAAAUCCUCUCUUUUGACACUUAGUGAUUCUUUAUUUCCCGAGAAUUUUGACAUUGCUUCACAUGACGUUUAUCCCAUCCCAGCAAGAUGUUUACAUGGACAUUUACACACACUGCAUAGCAGAUAUGGACAUUACACACACAACAAUAGCAGUAGAGGUAAUGCAAAUGACUGUACAUGUACAAAAAUAAAAGAAAGUCCCGAGACCUCCCAAGAAGCUUUUCAAAAAGUGUGUUAAUCCAUUUGUGAAGGAGUUAUAGGACUCUAGUUUAGUGGGAAUGAAGGAAUGGAAAAGUAGAGACAUGGUUUAUAACUUGGCAGACUUAAUAACUUCAGUGAUUUCUUGUUUUUUUGGUUUUUAAAGAUUCCUUUGUUCAAAACAUGUUGAUUUUGCCAAAUAAAACACCACUGAGAGAAUUCGCUCCACUCGGAUCAACAAAACAACAAAGCUGAGACUGUUCUUCACACAAACUUUGCCAACUGCAGUUCAGGAAGAGAAAGAAUAUCUUUUGAAAAUUGAUCACACAAUUUCACAGCAGAAGUCAAAUUUACUUGUGUGAUGCUCACUGAGCGGAGAAGCAAUUUCUUGUCUCUGUUCCAGAUGAGCAUCAGUCAAUAUUCCCAAUUCUGCAAACAUUUGCAUCUUUUUUUCUAUCUCUAUCGACUGUUAAAUCAAUCACUAAAAAAAUUAGAUGCAGCUUUAAAAAACAAAAAAAAGGAGUUUUUACUUUUUGCUAAGUGGCAGUAGUUUCAUCAAACUUUAUUUUUAAUGAACUGUGAUAUGAAAUUCUAUUAAAUUAUUCACAGCUUUGUUCUGUAAUAUAGCUUCAGCCUAUGAGAGGAGUGUUACAGCAGUAAGUACAGCAUUUACUGAAUUUAUCUACCGCUCCAAUUAGUCUGGAUCACAUCGUGUAAACAGACGGGCAUCCAUUAAAAUGCACGCCUGUGUUUGCUGGAGCUACGCUAGCACUUAAAUUCAAAAGACAGCCUUGUUCAGUGGUGAUGUUCAGUUUCCUGCAGCUCCACACAAACACGCUUCAUUUGCAUAAUAAGAACUUUUUUUUUUUUGCUUCAUAUGAGUUUAAGUAUAAAUGGGAAGAAAACAUGGAUCCACUGAAGCUGACUUUCUCCCUGAGCUGUAAUGUGAGAGUUUGGGGAACCAAUUGGUGGACAGAAAGUGGAAAAAUAGGGCAGGGAAAUGAGUGCAGGCACAAUUGCACGGCCACUUUCUGCUCCUAGUGUUGCAGGUUUAAGUGACUCUUUAAUGAGGUUCAAAAUGACAGGCAUGUGGACCCCAUGUUGUGGCAAGGGGAGUUAUUUCUGGCAUUAAAAAUAGAUGGUGGAAAGGCUUGGGGGGUCUCGGGAGGUGCAGGGGUAGAUUUCCACAGCAGGGGGUUUUAACACACCCGUGACCUUGCAGUUUGGGGGAGUGAAGGAGACAGAAAGCGGACAUAUACACACAGCGUUGUAAAGACAAGAGAAGAAGCUAGUUUGAUUAGUGCCUAACAAAACAAAUCAAGACAACAGCAGAAAAAUCAAUGCAACGGUUCUGGAGAAUUCAACUACAUCCAUUUUGUACCACUUAGUCUCAACGACGUGCACUGUUAUGUAUUUACUUUGAAAACUUGGGGCUGCUUUUUGUGUUUCUUUGUCUAAAAGACGACGUCUGCCUUCGGUCAUUAUUUUGCUUUUGUUCAACCAAGUUAACAAUGCUUUUGCAGCAGCUCACCUGUGGGGUGAUAGAUUAAUGGGGUACUAAUUUUCAGGAUUUUUAAUCAUCAAAGAAACUGGCUUAAAUUUGUUUUGUAUGAUUAUAAACACUUUUUUUUUGCCUCCAUACCAUUUACUAGUCACCCACCCUUAACCUGGGAAAUGAGGAUCAACUUCUAUACUGGAUACUGUGUAUCCUGAGGUAGUCAACCAUGAAACAAGUAGUGUUAGGUUAGUCUCCGUUUUGUACCUUUCUGAAGGACAAAAAAAAGUUACAUCAUUGGUAAAACUGUAUAAUUAUUAUUAUUAUUAUUGCUAUGAUGAUAAUGAUUAUGAAUAUCAUUAUUAGAAAACCUCUUGAUGUAAAUAGUGUUUGAUAUUAAAGUAUUAAUUUGGUUCUUAUGUCUUUUCUAAAAGAUGAAUCCCAUAUUAUCUCUGGGUUUUGCUGAGUGUGUACUGUUCUUAAACAACACAUUGUGUGCUUUGAUCCUCAAUGCCUAAAGAGACUUUGAAUAAUUUCAAAGUAGAAAAACCAGUAGGAGCCGUACACGUCGGUGUACCACAGGCUGGACUUUAGCCAACAAGAGGCUCAUCUUUUACAUGUCUCAAACCAGUCACCAACCUUCACCACCUCGUCAUGAUGGGAUCCCCAUUUGGAAAGAAACUCAUGGGACUCGAAUCGAUGGUCUGUUUGUACUUUUUUGCCUUCAGGAUUUUUUGAAAGCAUGGUGACGAGCUCAAAGACGUACAAUGAGUGGACAGUUGGCUUUUUUGACUGGAGGGAUCUCACCAGUUUCAUUAUGUGGCAUGCGCAUGAACUUGAUGACAGUAAAAAGAAAAAAAAAAUCUAAGAAAAAGAAAAAAAAAAAAUCAAGUUUUUUAUUAAUUAAACAUUUUGUUUUGCUGUUUUUUUUUUCAGAUGUAAUAGAUUUUCUGAUCACUUUCAUGUUGUGUUUUUGCAUUGCCAUUGGAGUGAUGUCAGACUGUUUAGUUACAUAUGACAAAUGUACAUAACACAAGCCAUUGUUGUGCAGUCAAAGUGGGGCUCAGUCAUUUUGACAUUUUUCAAAGUAACUUUUCUUUUUCUUUGAAUGACUGUGUCCUUCCCCAUCCAUGGCAUUCAUCCCAUGUCUCCUCAGCCUUUUUCACUCUUUCUCCCCUGAGAAGGAGAGUAGAUACAUCAGUGUGGACAUUUCUCAGCGUUAAAAAAAAUGUGUGAGACCUAUAAGGUUUAGUGUGUGUGUGUCUCAUUUGCUGUAGCUGCAGUGAAUGGGAAGCUGCAACCCUCUUUGGCAGCAAAGAGUGUUUCCCAUGCCUUAGCCCUUCAGCCUCUGCCCUGGAAGCCCCGUCUGUGUUCAAGACGCUUUCUACCAUUGUGCUUUUACACAGAACAGCUGCUGGCGUCGAACAGACUACAACAGGGCCCUUAACUUUCUCUCCUUUUUUAACAACCCUACAUCACUUGUCCCCAAAGUAGACGCUGGUCCUGGGCACGGUUCGAGGAUUAGUACAUCCUCUCCCCUUAAUCCUAAACUGGAUUGUUAGCGGGCUGAAGCCUAUCAUCGAUCCGAGUUCUGUGGGUGAAGCCUCUCGUCUGUCUUUUUUUUUUUUUUACUGAUGAACCACUCGUUAAAUUUAUGUCCUUCCUCAUUCUUCUUGUGCUUGUGUAACCCCCUAUCACACCAAAUGUCCCGCCUCCUUCACCUUUGAACCCCAUUCCUACUUUGCCAUCAGUGGGAAAUGUUUCCAACCUCUUUUACAGUAUAUACCUGACAAGAAAACUUGACAAAAAAAAUGUCUGUAUUUGUAUAUACAUGUGUCUGAGCAACUAUGAGUACUACAAUAAAACAAAUACAUUGCUUCGACGAUUGUA